AUGCCUCAUACCACCGGUUCUGCGGCAGAGCUUCCCUUGCCUCGGAAGAGUACCCACACGAACCUCGAAAGAUCUGGCGGCUCAGCCGUCCGUGAUCUUUCCACAUCGGAGUCAUACUCAACAUAUGGGCCUUACGCACCACCAUGUUACCCAUCACAAUCUUACACAGAAAAGAGAUCUGUUGGCAUAUCCUUCCCCGAAGGUUACCCAACACAACCUCACACACAAAAGAGAUCUGGCGGCCUAACCUUCCCCGAAGGUUACCCGACACAACCUCACAACACAAGAGAUCUGAUGGCAUAA